AUGGCAGUGAAACUCUUCGUUGUUGCUCUCUUCUUCUCAUUCUCUGUUCUCUUCCCUCUGGCUUCAGCCAAUUCCACCGACUUCCAAUAUUGCAAUAAGGCGGCAAAUUAUGUUGUUAAGGUCCGUGGAUUAGAUAUCACACCUUACCCUGUCAAAGGAGGUAAAGAGACCACUUUCAGUAUUGCUGCGACUACAGAUGAGAAUAUCAGUGGCGGAAAGUUAGUGAUUGACGUCAAGUACCUAUUCCUUCACGUCCACAAGGAGUCCCAUGACAUUUGUAAAGAAACAUCUUGCCCUGUGUCCGGUGAUUUUGUGAUUUCUCACUCUCAAGCCUUGCCUGGAAUAACUCCUCCGGGUUCAUAUACUCUUACGAUGAGAAUGUUGGACGGAAGCAAUCACGAAUUGUCUUGCAUAACCUUUGGCUUCAGUAUUAAUUUAAUCGCGGAAUCAAAAGCAGUAGCAGAUAUGUAGUUAAGUUGUACACUUGUGAACCAAGUGUACACAUUAUGUUGAUCUGCAAAACAUGUAAAUAAGUUUCCUACUUUUUCAAGACUUUGUCCCAACUUUGCUGGUUUUAGGUCUCAUCUAUAAUAAAUAGACUUGAC